CAGUUAAAAUGUGGAUUAGCUAUCCAAACCUUGAAUGGUAAACUUUUCAAACAGCUUGACACUUGUCGAAGUACAUGUUUCUGUCAUAUCUUUGGUGGCUCUCCUAAGUUCGCCGUUAAACUUAUACUCCGUUUAAAUAAUCAAACUACAAUGCAAGAACAUACUCAACUUCUAUAA